AUGACUUUUUUUUUCCUGAUAAGUUGCAGGAAGAGAUAAAAUUAUAAACUUGAAUAGGCAUAUAUAAAAAUAUGAAACAAUUUGCCCUUUAUUGACAAUGUUUGUUUUACUGUUCCCUACAUUUCUAGGUGCAUUUGAGAGAGCCGUCGCCAUUAGUAAACAAUUCGAAAAAGAUGGAUUUGUUUUGUUCUGGAUUUCUUUUAGGAGACUGCUGUUUGUAUAUAAAGCAGAAAUUGUAAAGAUCUUAUUGAAUCAUCCUGCGGUUCAAGAGAAAUCAUCGGAAUACAACCCACUUAAAAGUUUUGUAGGAGAAGGACUCUUUGUUUUGGACUCUCACAAAGCUCAAAGACAUCGAAAAGUUAUCACGCCAUCAUUCCAUAUGGGUAUUCUAAAGAACUACACUAUUGUUUUUAACGAACAAGCUAUAGAAAUGGUAAAACGCUUGAAAAAAGACAUACAUCAACCUUGGAUAGAUGUAGAGAGUUACGUCAGAUUGUGCACUCAUCGAGUAAUAUGUCAAACUGCUAUGGGACUACAGGUUGAUACAAAUGACGAUAUGAAGGAGUUUGUGAAAGCUAUUGACACGAAUCUGCACAUCGUUGCACACAGGAUAUUCAGACCCUGGACCCAGUGGGAUGCAAUUUAUCAAUUUUUCCCCACCGGGAGAAAAAUGAAGAAAGCUAUUGCUACUACUCAUCAAAUAAUUAAUAAGAUUAUUUUAGACAGCAAAGAAAUCCUUCUUUCAAACGAUGAACUCUCGAAAAGCGAAACUUCUGAAGAGGAAGAUAAUGCUGAUAGUAGACUUUACACUCGUAAAAAAACAUUCAUACAAUUAUUAUUGGAAACUCACCUAAAAGAUCCUUCAUUCACGAUAAAUGAUAUAAGAGAUGAAGUUCUUUCUUUUGUAGGAGCGGGUGCAGAAACUUUAACUAUUACAGUUAAUGUCAUUUUGAUGAUGCUGGGUUUGUAUCAAGAUGUACAACGGAUAGCAAUGGAAGAGGUUGAUGGCAUAUUUGAAAAUGGCAAUAAGAGAUUUGUGACAGCCGAAGAUGUUUCCGAAAUGAAAUAUUUGGAUUGCGUAAUCAAGGAGUGUUUACGUCUUUAUCCCUCAGCUCCUAUUGUUGCUAGAGAAAUAAGCGAAGACAUUCAUUUUGGUAAAUAUGUCAUACCAAAAAAUACAGGUCUGCUCGUAAACAUUCAUUUGUUGCACAGAGAUCCCGAGUAUUUCCCAAACCCGGAAAAGUUUGAUCCAACAAGGUUUUUCCCGGAAAAUAUUCACGCACGCCAUCCUUAUGCUUACAUGCCAUUUUCCGCUGGUGCCAGAAAUUGCAUAGGUCAGAAAUUUGCAGUAAUACAAAUGAAAGUCAUUCUUUCCCAUGUGCUAAGAAACUUUAAGAUUCAAUCUCUAGAUCACAGAGAUACACUAAAUUUUUCGUUUCAGAUUUCAAUAAAAAACGUGAAGCCAAUUCGACUGAAACUAACCCCUAGAUAUAGUUAAUGCUAAAAUUGAUAAUUUAUUAAAUACAUGUUUCGCCAUUCAUUUUUUCAU